AUGGUCAAUACUCCGCCGGCCAAGGCCGUCUCUGAGGGUCGCCGCGAGAGGGAGACAUUCAGAUAUGACAGUUCCUUGAUCGCACAUACAGUCUACAACGACCCAAACAAUCUCAAGCCAUCCUCGGAACUUCGGUCAUGUCCUGAUGCGGCACUCACUUCCUUCGCUGAACUCGGCGCUCUACGCCUGAAUGCGACCCGGGCCAUGAUAUCCCUCUUCGACAGCAAGUAUCAGUACGUCAUUGCUGAAGCUACGCAGUCACUGGCUCUGACUCCCGACACCAAUCCUCCAGAAACCCAGCGCGGGGAUAUCGACCAGCUGCUACUGUGCGGCACUGCUAUCCCACGAUCUUCCGGCAUAUGCGAGCUCAUCCUCUCAAUCUCCGAUCACCUCGACGAACAACAUCCUUCGGGUCCCCAUCAGCUACCUGUUACCGUUAUUCCAGACCUUUCUGAAGAUCCUAGGACCUCCCAGCGAGCCUUCUGUCUCAACACGCCGCAAUGUCGCUUCUAUGCCGGAGUCCCAAUCCGUUCACAAAACGGUAUACACAUUGGUGUCUUUAGCAUCUACGGAGAUACCCCGCGCAAAAGCUUUGACAAUGUGGAAAAUCAACUUAUGCAGGAUAUUUCGAAAGUGAUCUUGAACUACCUCGACGCAAAACGGAACAGGGACGAUCACCGACGCGCAGACAGGAUGGUUCGCGGCGUUGGCAGCUUCAUCGAGGGCAAGAGCACCAUGUCGGGAUGGAGGGACAUGAAUAAUAUUGACUCGUUCAAUGACCACCCGUCAUUUGAGGGGGCUCUGAACAAGAACCAGCAAAGGAUCGAACGCAACAAAGAAAAGGUGGCAUUCGAGACCUCUCAAACACAACAACAUCAGUCGUCUGCUGUUGCGAUGCAGAAUGCGCCACAGCCAAAAGUCCAAGCACCAGAUGAUAAGCCAGUCUCGCCAACAGCGGAUUCUCGACCUUAUCCUCAGCCAAACCAAGACUCGGAAGCACUGCCAUCUGUGUCUGGGGCCUCCUUGGAAAGUAUUCGCUCAGGGACAGAAAGUGUUUCGCAGGGAGACGGUGACUCGCACAUAUCACAUAUUCGGCACAUUUUCUCAAAGGCCGCCAACAUUGUUCGAGAAGCUAUCGAGGUUGAGAGCGUGCUUUUUGUGGACGCCAGUAUCGGCUCGUUCGGAGGGCUUGCUGUCCCUAGAGCGACCAACAUGAGGUCUGCCAGGGGCCGAGGCUCAUCCUCAUCAUCUAGUGACGAGCAAACAAGCCCCAGUCGAAGUACCGGGAGUGUUUUGGGCAGCGAUAGCGACCAAGACGACAGCCUAUGUGCGGUCCUCGGCUUCUCGAGCUCAUCUAUCUCAAGCGUCGACGGAGACAUACCGUCUCUGAAUCACACCUCCGUAUCCGAAAAGUUUCUUACGAAAUUGUUACGAAGAUAUCCGCAAGGUAAAAUUUUCAGCUUCGACGAGAACGGCUCUAUCCAAUCCAGCGACCAUUCCGGCGACGACCAUAUCGCACAGCCAGAAACACCACUUCAGGAGAUAGUAGAUUUUAUACAGGGCCCAACCGAGGACGAACGGCAACGAAACAAGAAACGAAAGCGUGCCUACUCGAGACGAAACGAAGGGAAAACUCUCAGCGGCCUAUUUUCAGGAACCCGAAGCAUGGCCAUCAUACCUUUGUGGGACGUACAAAAGCAACGUUGGUACGCAGGUGGAUUCGCCUGUACCAAGACUCCAACUCGAGUGCUUACCAUCGAAGGCGAGCUCAGCUACCUACGCGCCUUUGCAUCAGUCAUCAUGUCAGAGGUCGAUCACGUCAGCUCGAUGCUUGUUGACAAGGCGAAGACGGACCUGUUGAGCUCACUUUCUCAUGAGCUACGCUCCCCGCUCCACGGCAUUAUUCUUGGCGCAGAGUUGUUGCACGAUACCACCAUGGACGCUUUCCAGGGAGAGACAUUGGUUUCGAUCGAAAAUUGUGGUCGCACACUGCUGGAAACAAUAGACCAUCUCUUGGACUGGAGCAAGAUCAACAACUUCAUCGGCCCGUCAAAGCACCGGAGAAACUCAACCACAUUUGGUGAGCGAGGCUUGAGAGCUCGGGAUCGAAAGAUUAGCAUCGAAGCUGGUAUGAUGAGCAUCACAUCAAAUGUCGAAGUCGACGUUCUGUCGGAAGAGGUUGUCGAGAGUGUUUGUGCUGGUUUCAGUUACCAACGCGUCUCUGUGGCCCAACUUGCGGGCAAUAGACCGACAGACCACGCCGAUACUACGGCAUUACGCAGACUUGACAGUAUGCAAGCAAUGGAAGAAAUGGCGACGAGAACCAACAAUAUCGGGGAUUUACAACUCGUCCUCGGAGACGUAUCCGUCACUUUCGACAUUUCACCCGCGGUCUCCUGGGGUUUCCAUACCCAGCCUGGAGCUUUGAGGCGAGUCAUCAUGAAUCUCCUAGGGAACUCGCUCAAGUACACAGAAAAGGGAUUCGUCAACGUCAAUGUUAACCAGCUGGCCCCGUUGACUGAUGUACCAUCCACCAAGGCUAUCAUUCAAAUCGACGUGGUAGAUUCUGGACGUGGCAUUAGUCAUGAAUACCUACAACAUCAUCUAUUCGCGCCCUUCGCUCAGGAGGACUCUUUUUCUGCCGGAGCCGGUCUCGGUCUAAGCUUGGUCAAGCGGAUAGUUAGCAAGCUGCGUGGGUCUAUCCAGGUAUGGAGUAAGGUCGGACGAGGGACGAAAGUGAGGGUUCAACUUCCCUUGCUAUGCGCCAACCCAGCAUCAUCAACGGUAGCCAACGUGGAAGAUGGCAACAUUGAUGCCUUUCGGGCAUCUGUCGGCGAACUCAUGGGUCUAAGAGUCAAAUUGUUGGGUUUCCCUGAAGACUACGGAGUCAAAAUGCCCGACGAGUUGGCCAGCAACACCCCCAGCGAAGGAGCACUGGUCACAAAUCUCUGCAGGGAAUGGCUUCAUAUGCAAAUCAUUGACCAGUCCAUCCCGCCCUCGCAACAACUCCUUCCCGACUUGGUUCUGUCUACAGAAAAGCAACUAGAGCAGCUUUUGACGGAGCGCCGCUUAGGCAUCAUUAACACACCGGUCGUGGUGAUAUGCCGGAACGCGCUUAUCGCGCGCCAACUAGCUACCUCGGCACGAUUCACCGGUAAUCGCAUUGUAUUUGAGUUCAUCUCACAGCCGAUCGGUCCGAGAAAACUUGCCAAGGUGCUUUUGCUGAGCUUCAAGCGAUGGACGAAAACGCAAGAACGGGCGAUACCAACUCCUACAAUGUUAUCCUUGGCCAGCCCAGAAGCGUCCAACGCGGGCGGCGACACGCCGACUGGGUGUGCACAAGAUAGACUCACGGACGUGGGAAGCACCGAAGCCCUUCUAGACGUUCCGACCGGAGAGGAUCUCCCCGAGAGAUCGAAGGAGUUGCCAAAUACCGAAUUCGAAGCAAAGCAGAGUGUGGACGACCAAGCUGUGCAGGCGAGAGAAACGGAGCCAAGGCCUGAGGAUGUCGCUCUACCGGACACGCCGGAAGAACAUCCCAAGAGGCCAACGCUCGAUGGCCAAGACACCCCCCGAUUGUCUCACAGACCUAAGAAGACGGGAGGAUCUCGACCCAAGUUUCUCCUGGUGGACGACAACCCACUCAACCUCAAGAUGUUGGCAACGUACAUGACGAGGCUUGGACACGACUAUCGGAACGCAAGAGACGGGCAAGAAGCGUUAGACGAGUUCCGCCGAGCACCGGGCGAGUAUCACUGUAUUCUGAUGGACAUCUCGAUGCCUGUGAUGGACGGCUUCGAGGCGACACGACGGAUUCGUGCUAUAGAGACGAAAGACAGCCUGUCACGCUGUCUGAUAAUCGCGCUUACGGGAUUGGCAUCAGCCAAUGCACAGCAAGAAGCGUUUGCGAGUGGCAUCGAUCUAUUCCUGACUAAACCUGUGCGGCUGAAGGAGCUAAGCAAGAUACUGGAGAGCAAGGAUAUAGCAUGA